GAAAGAAAGAAAGAAAAAGAAAGAAAAAAAGAAAGAAAGAAACUCCACAUGUGUUAGAAUCUUUACUGUUGGUUUCUAUAACCAUCUGCCUGAGGGGAAAAACUUUCCUUUUUAAUGGGAAAUUUCUCAGGUAUGUCUUUACUUGCUGUGUAGCUGCCGAUGAACCAACUUGCAGAAAUACCUUAUUUUUUAAAAUCCAGGUACAAAAUGAUUUUUCUGCAAUUAAUUGUCUUUUCACCAGCACUGAUAAGUCUUUUGAGAGCUCAGGAGACUUGUGAAAGUGGUUCGUGUCAUCCUACAAUUGGGGAUCUUCUAUUGGGAAGAAGUAACCAACUCACGGCUUCUUCAACUUGUGGACUUGAUGAACCUCAGAAGUACUGCAUCAUUAGCUACCUGGAGGAUGAUCAGAAAUGUUUUGCGUGUGAUUCCCGAUAUCCAUAUGAUGAUUAUACCCAACCCGAUAGCCAUCUAGUUGAAAACAUCAUCACGUCUUUUGAACCAGAUUGGAGAAGGAAGUGGUGGCAAUCAGAAAAUGGUGUUGACUAUGUCAGUAUUAAAUUGGACCUUGAAACAUUGUUUCAGUUCAGCCACCUCGUAAUAACUUUCAAGACAUUCCGGCCUGCUGCCAUGUUAGUUGAGCGAUCAAGGGAUUUUGGAAAAACAUGGAAAGUUUUUAAAUACUUUGCCCAGAACUGUGCUUCAGCUUUUCCUGAUAUAAAAUCAGGCCCUGCAAGUGAUGUUGGAGAUAUUGUCUGUGAUUCUAAAUACUCUGAUAUAGAGCCAUCCACAGAAGGAGAGGUUGUUUUGAAGGCACUGGAUCCCAGUUUUGUCAUUGAAGAUCCAUAUGAUCCAUACAUCCAAGAUCUUAUUACUAUAACUAACCUGAGAAUUAAUUUCACAAAACUUCACACACUUGGUGACACAAUGAACAAAUGGCAAAGUGAACCGCAAGAAAAAUAUUACUAUGCAAUUUAUGAAAUGGUUUUAAGAGGAAACUGCUUCUGUAACGGCCAUGCCAGCCAAUGUCUUCCAGUGGACAUGACAAAUGAUGCUCUCACUGAGCCUGGGAUGGUUCAUGGUAGAUGUAUCUGUCAGCAUAACACUGAUGGUCUAAACUGUGAAAAAUGCAAAGAAUUUUAUAACGAUGCACCAUGGAAACCAGCAGUUGGCUCCGAAGAAAAUGCCUGCAGGAAGUGCAAUUGUAAUAAUCAUUCUGACAAGUGCCAUUUUGAUAUGGAAGUGUUCCUGGUCAAUGAUGAGGAAAGUGGAGGUGUAUGUGAAGACUGUCAACAUAGCACAAUGGGCAAUCAGUGUGAACUGUGUAAACCAUACUUUUAUCAUGAUCCUCUCCGAGAUAUUUCUGAUCCAUUAACUUGCAUACCUUGUGACUGUGACCCAGAUGGAACACAGAAUAAUGGCUUAUGUGACAGCAACAAUGAUCGAAGACUUGGAACUAUUGCUGGUGCAUGUUUAUGCAAAAAAAAUGUGGAAGGGCUCCGCUGCGACCAAUGCAAACCUGGAUAUUAUGGCCUGACUGCCAAUGAUCUCUGGGGAUGUCAGUACUGUAACUGCAAUCCAAUAGGAAGUUUGCCAAACUCAGUAUGUGACCCUGUUAUUGGAAAGUGCUACUGUCAGAACUUUACAACAGGCCGAUAUUGUGAAGAAUGCCAACCUGGUUACUGGGGACUUGGAAACAGCCUUUACCCUUGCUCUUCAUGUAACUGCGAUAUAGGAGGAGCACGCAGUCAUUUAUGCUCUCUGGCACAUGGUCAGUGCGACUGUCUUCCUAACAUCAUUGGUCGUCAGUGUAAUCAGGCUGCACCUGGACAUUUCUUCAUACCACUGGAUUAUUACAUAUAUGAAGCAGAAAAUGCCCAGCCACUGUCAACCUCUCAGCCUUUUGUCAGUCCAUCUCCUUUACCGAAGUGCAAAGAUUACUUUCUCCAACAAGGCAUAGAUUUUAGAUUUGAAAAUGGCAGAAUAAUACUUAAGAAGAUGAGAAAAAGAAGCGUAAGAGAAAAACAUAUUCUAAGAGAAAAACGUCAGACACAGGAGAUUAUACCAUUUGGUAAAAAUAGUGUUGUGGAGCUAGUGCUACGGCAACCUACUCCUGAUGUUCCAGUGACGUGGACUGGACCUGGAUUUGCACGCGUUCUGAAUGGAGCUGGCCUGAGAUUUACUGUAGACAAUAUUCCCUUCCCAAUGGACUUUGUACUCGCCAUUCGUUAUGAACCUGAGACUUUGGAAGACUGGUCAGCAAAAAUUGUUAUAAAUCUUCCUGAAGGCGAAGUGAGCAAGCGAUGUAAAAAUAAGAUGCUUCGCAAUGACAGCUAUUCCUUGCACCUCAACGCCACAUCCAGGUUGGCAUUGCUAAAUACUUCUAUCUGCUUGGAUCCAGACACCAACUAUCUAAUAGAUGUUUAUUUUACUCAACUAUCAAACCUUGAUUCAAGGGACAAACUGUAUAUACUCAUUGAUUCCCUUGGGCUGAUUCCAAAACUUGCUUCAGUAAAAAAUCUGUGCAAUCAACAAGAAGUAGAAGAAUUCCAGCAUUAUAACUGUAUUGAAAUUGCUUCUGAAGUUGGGAUAGAAAUCCUUCCAGACGUGUGUGAGAGGCUCAUUGUAAGCAUGUCUGCCCGCAUGCAUAAUGGAGCUGUUAAAUGUACAUGCAACGUAGAUGGAUCUCUAAGCACUAACUGUACUAAAUUUGGAGGUCGAUGUGAAUGCAAACCCAAUGUCGUUGGACGUUGUUGUGAUAAGUGUGCUGUGGGCAGUUAUGGAUUCAGUCCUAAUGGUUGUAAAGCAUGUGAUUGUAAUUGCCAAGGUGCAAUGAGCAAUUUAUGUGACCAAGUGACAGGGCAGUGUGCUUGCCGUAGUGACAUACAGGGACGUCGCUGUGACAGCUGCACACCUGGAUUCUAUGGGUUUCCCAAAUGUAAACCUUGCCAAUGCAAUGGGAAUUCAAAGAGAUGUGACCCAGUAACUGGAGCUUGUCUAGAAUGUAGUGGAUUUACAAAUGGAAUCAACUGUGAAAGAUGUAUUGAUAAUUACUAUGGAAACCCAGUUUCUGGACAACCUUGUAAACCAUGUAUGUGUCCAGACUCUCCAACAAGCAACCAAUAUUUUGCACAUUCCUGUCACCAAGAUCCUGAUAGCUUGGAAGUUGUCUGCGAUUGUCUUGAAGGUUACACAGGUUCCAACUGUAAAGAAUGUCCUGCUGGGUUUUACGGAGAUUUGGAGAACGGGGAAGAAAAGUGUGUACCGUGCCAGUGCAACAAUAAUAUUGACCCCACGGAUCCUGAAUCUUGUGAUAAGGUCACAGGAGAGUGCUUAAAAUGUCUGCACAACACAUAUGGCGCAAAUUGUGAGUCCUGUUUACCAGAUUAUUUCGGAUCUGCUCUUCUUCAAAAUUGUCAGAAAUGUGUCUGCAACCCGAUGGGAACUCAUGUGAACUGCUCAAUUUAUGAAGAAGUUGGAGAAUGUGUUUGUGAUAAGACAACUGGACAGUGCCCAUGUUUACCAAAUGUUAUAGGAACAAGCUGUGAUAAAUGUGCGCCAGGAUACUGGGCCUUUGCCAGCGGAAAAGGAUGUCAACCCUGUGACUGUAACUUAAACAAUUCCUAUGGAAACCAAUGUAAUCAGUUUACAGGACAAUGUUUAUGUAAACCACAAUACAAUGGGCGAACAUGUGACCAGUGUAAUGAAAAUUACUAUGGAGAUGCAAAGAUUCAAUGCACUUCCUGUAAGUGUAACUUGGAAGGCACUCAAAAGCCAAUCUGUGAUAAUGUAACUGGUUCAUGCAAUUGUAAAGUUGGAGUAACUGGAAGAUACUGUGAUCAAUGUGCUCCUAAAUUCAAGCAAGAAUUCCCAGCAUGUCCCCGUUGUCAUCAAUGCUUUGAUCCUUUGGACAGUGAAGUUGAAUCCUUAGCUGAAGAUGUUCAUGGCUUUAUUACACUUGCUGGCAAUAUGGGCUCUGAAAAAUAUUCUGAGCUUGGCUGUGGUGUAUUAAUGAAGAUACUUCAAGAAAAACUUUCUACAAUAGAGAAAAUCUUUCGGAGCCCUAUAAUUUCACCUGACAAAUACAAGAAAGUAAAGACCUUUUAUGACAAUAUACGUCGUAAGGUCGAUAAAAUAAUCAUUGAAGAUUUUGGGAAAUUCGAAAAGAUACCUAAAUUAAAUAAAACAAUACUUAAUAUGGAGAAAGAAAUUAACAAUUUAUUAGACAAGGUCGACAAAAUCAAGAAGACCAAGAGUAAGGAAAAAGUCAUCAGCAACAAAGCGGUAACAGAGUAUUUUGACAAGAUCAGCACUUACUAUAAAAAAUCUUUAUCUGCCGAGGAAAGGGCAAAUAAUGUUACUCCCACAAUACGUACAGUUGCCAAAACCAGGAAAACCAUUCUUACUGAAUUAAGUAAAUUGGAUGCAAAGGACAAACAGAAUUUAGACAAACUAAACAAAAUGAAAUCUCUUAGCAUCAGCAAAAUGAAUGAAAUGGUAUGUGGAACAGUAUGGGAUUUUCCAUGUAAUAUUGCACCUUGUGGUGGAGCGCUUUGCAAAGAUAAGUUUGGAAACAGAAAGUGUGGUGGACCCAAUUGUAAUGGGGCUCUUCCGUUGGCCAAAGAUGCACUGAAAAAAGCAAGAGAAACAGAUAUUGCAUUAAGUAAUAUGACCAUUCAUCUGCUUGAAGCUGAAAAACAGAUUGAUGCUGUUAAACAGUUGGCAGAAGACACCAAGUUGAAAGCAUCAAAAUUAAAUAAAACCCUAAGCAAAGCUAUAAUCCGAAUGGAACCAGACAAAAAUCGUACAAGAGAAUUGAUCAAGCAUGUUAAAGAUUUUCUCUUAGAAAGCAUACCAGUGUACUUCUGCCCAAGGAAGGAUAUACUGGGAGGAAGAAUAACUAUGAAGCCAGAGGUAGUAGAUCCCUUCGUAUCUGCUGAAGAAAUAGACACAAUUGUGAAUCAUAUUCUUGCUAUUCAGCUGCCAACUGCUCCUUAUGACUUAAUCGACAUGUUGAAAAAGAUCAAGAAUUUAAGUGAUGAUUACAAAAAAAAUAAAGACAAUCUCCAAAAACAACUCGAAGAAGCUAAGCGUCUUGCAGUGCAAGCAAAAGAAGCCAAGAAAGCAGUUGAAAAACUUUCAAAUGGUGAUGAGAUACGAAAUAAUUUGAAAAAGGCGACAAACUCCCAGAAAACAACAACCUCUGUCCUUAAAAGCAUAAAUAAGGAUAUCCAAGAUAUCAGAAAUAAGCUUAAACAGGUCUCAUCCAAGGCAGAUAUGAUCGAUGACAAAAUGGAAGCCAUUAAAAAUCGCAUUUCACAGUUAGAGUCAAAAGUUGAAGAACUGCAGAAUAAGAUGCUACAGAACAGGAACCAAGCAGCAAAAGCACAAAAUGAAGCAAAUACAGCGCUAAAAGAAGCGACAGAAAGUGAAAACAGUCUUGACAACCUUAAGGAACAAUAUGAUAUUCUCAAAGAAAAGAUGAAGAAAAGAGAAAUCCCUCCAGAGAUAUCAGAUAGGCUGAAGAAGGUGAAGAAAGAAGCUGAAGAUUUAUCUAAUGAAAUCAAUAGCAAGUUUGAGAGGAUAUCAGAUCUGGAACAGAAGAUCGAUGAUCUAAACAGAUCUAAUCAAGAAAAGGCUGAUCUACUCAAAGCACUAGAGGAAAAAGCAAUAAAUAUUAAAAAUUAUAUUGUAGAUCAAGAAAAUAAAUAUGCAACUUGUAGAUCUUAGAGAUGGGAGUAUUAUUAAUUGUAUUAUUUAUGAUGCACUUUGCUCUCCAAGGACUGAUAGAUCUUAGGGAACUUUGAUUUUAAUGGGUAAUCAGCAACUAAUUCUUAAUAGCUAUUAUUACCUAAUUUAAUGGAAUUCAGUUUGUCAACUAAAGAAGGAUGAAAGGCUGAAAAAGAACCAUCCCUUAUUAUUAUCAUUAUUAUUAUACUUUAUUUAUUUUUCAUUUGCUUUAUUAAAACAAAACCUCUCCUUGUGUAUUUUACCUGCCUUUUUCUACAAUUUAACUCUGAAAAUGUGAAGCUGGAAUGGAUGCUGCAGGAUUCUGAACUCUGACCCUAAGCAUUCUACAAAGUGGUUGCUUGAUCUUUUCAGGAGCUUAUUUAUAGCUACCUCAAACUGGCCACAGCAGAUAAGGUAGACAAAUGAAAGAGGCUAUGUGAAGAGGUGUGCUACAAUUUUGAAACACAGCGCUUAAUGGGACAUAAAACACUGUGGGCCAGUUUACAAGUGGAUCGCUAAUUAAUGUUACCGCUCAAGCAUUAACUGCGCUAGAAGUAAGCUUUUUGUGCAUUUUGGGAUGCGUUCAUAUUGAGUUAAAAAUAAAAUUGUUUUCGCUUGUGCAGUAACCCGACAAGCCCAAAAAGCCGAACUUAGAAUACCACGUGCCUGAUAACUUAUUCCCCCUUAGAAUUCAAUGGAAAAAAAGUGGGGGGAAAACCUGACACCCUAAUCACAUGCAAACUUGAUCAUAUAUUCUCAUGUGUGCUAACCUGACAUAAAUAUAAGAAUAUUUGACAUUAUAAUGUUCUUCAUAUACAAGAAUAUGUUCGAUUUAUUCUUAAAUAGAUAUUUCUACAUGUAUCUGAUGGUAUCUGAUGGUAUUUCGGUACAAUAUAUAUCUAUAAUAUAUAUAUAUAUAUAUAUAUGUAUAUAUAUAUAUAUACUGUAUAUAUAUAUAUAUAUAUGUUCAUAUAUAGGUAUAGUUAUAUACAGAUAUAUAUAGGAAUACCUAUUUAAGAAUACUAAUAAUAAUAUUCUGCUAUGUUCACAACAUUGAAAUGAGAAAUAUUUACAGUUAAUGCACAAUAUUACAUACAUAUGCUUUUAAAUGUUUUCAUCUUGUUAACUGCAAUAUGUGUACAUAUGUAUUUGUAUUUAUAUGUGUAUAUAUGUAUGUAAAUACAUAUAUACACAUACAUAUGUACACGCAUACAUAUUUAGAGAUAUAUAUGUAUGUAUCUCAAUGUUAAAGCCCUUUGCCUGUCUCAUAUCCUCAUAUCUAUGAGCCCUUAUAACCUUUUUGAGAAUAUUUUUUAUUUUUUAAAGUAUUAGAUGGUGUUACUAUGAUUGUAAUACGAGCUAUAAACCCAAUGUGCACAAACACUCUCAGGUAUAAAAAAAAAGCAGGCUAAGGGCUAUAAAUAGGUAUAUGUAUGUAUAAAUAUAUGUCUAUAUAUGUGUACAUAUGUAUUUAGGGCAGUUAAUGCUUGAGCUGGAGCGUUAAAUAGCGCUCCACUUGUAAUCUAGCCUUUUAUGAGGAGUUCAAAAAGUGCUUUAUGUUUUUUUAAGCUGAGAGCAGAGAGAAAACUUCUACCAUAGUCUAGGAAGGAAUUUCUCAGCCCUCUCACUGACCUUGUGAGAUCCAUUUUAUAUGGCAGGCAAUACAAAUGAAAAUAUAGAUUUUAGAAAUUGUAUUGUAUUGUAAUAGGCUGCUGUAAGCAAAAUGCAAAAUACAAAGUCUAAACAUGAAUAAAAUUGUAUUUCAUUGCCUGUUAUUGUUCUGAAUCUGUCUCUCCUUUACAGUUAGAAAUAUAGUGAAAGUUCCCACGUAUAAUACAGAGCUUACAACAUAUAUUUGUUUCCAUGAUGAGGGACUUCUCAGACCCGACAAAACUUGUAGUUUCAGCUCAAAGUCCAAAUAAACUGUAAUAAAUCAUGACCAGAUUCACUAAAUAUCAUCAAAAUAAGAUCUAAGUUCUUGAUGAGUCCUAGGUAAGAAAUACAUGUGCGUGCGUGUGUGUGUCUAUGUAUAUAUAUAUAUAUAUACAUAUCUGGGGUAUUCAUGUGAUCGAUAUUGUCAUUUGUUUGCAAUAAAGAAACUUUUUACAACAA